AUGUAUCUGAUAUCAAUUUACCAAAACACCAGAAGGCCACCAAGGGUAAUUGGCGAGUUCCACACCCUUUGCUUUGGCUCAGUCCUUAUGUUUUUCCUUGGUGUUUUGGGCUUUGCUGUUUAUGGAAAUGAGGCCUUGCAUUUCAGCUGUGACCCAGAUGAAUAACCCAGGGAGGUUAAUCUUUUCUGUUACAACCAGUUCAGCCCUAUAAUUCCUCAGGUAUUCUGGGCAUUACAGCUGGUGAUUGUAAUGGUACCCAGAGCAUUUUUUCACCUUUAUGCCACAUGUAAGAGCAUCAAACAGGAAGACAUCCUCCAGAAGAUGUCCCACACUAUCUUUUAUAUCUUCUCUGUUUUGUUAAGGAUUAUUCUUGAAGUUGUGGCUUUUAGGCUUCAGGUUCAACUUUUUGGUUUUGAAGUGAAUGCAAUAUACAUGUGUAAUGUGGCAGCACUUGAUAAAAUAUUUAACAUUACCUCAUGUGUGUUGCCAGAGGGCAUUGAAAAUACAAUUUUCCUUCCUGCUAUGUACACAUUCACUGUGAUUACAAUGGUCUUGUGUGUUGCUGAAUUUUUUGAGAUCACAUUUAGAAGGCUAUGUUUCAUAAAAAGUCAGUGA